GACGGGAUGUCAGAAGGGGGACACCUGCUGUAUGCUUACCUACGGCCCCUAGGAGAGGAAGCACCAGGGGAGGGGAGGCGCUCUUCGGAGGUCUUAGUCUUCUUGCCCCGUGGGAAAGCACGAGGUGGCGAUACAUCCCAGCAUGGCCUCGCUACCAGCGAACCCCCUACUCUCCCUGACUGGCCCCUCUCUCUCUGCACUGACCCACAGUGAUACCAGGGACACAGCGGACAGCACAGGCCCCGGAGCAGCGCUGCUUAGGCCGUCCAGGUUCUGGGAGGCAGUGCUCAGCUGACCUCAUUCAUGACUCGGUUUGGUGGCGCUCUCCCACCCCUACCUAAUGGUCAUCCAGAAGGGGUUCUGUGAAUAGAUGGUCAGUGAAUGAGGGGUUCAGGUUGCAGUAAUCGAGGGUCAGGACACCCCAUGUGCCCUGCAUCAUCACCUACAACCAACAGUCGUAAUAUGCUCUGAUGUUAGGAAGUGGGGCCAGUUCUAGAUCCCGUCCUUUCCCGAGGCGCGACUCAUGAUACUCCAGAACCUAGGCGGGGACCAAGUUUACACUGCUAGACGCCGUUUGAGGCCUCAGGGCAAACCUCGUUUUACGCACGCGCCCUCCGCCAAACCCAACUUUCUCGCUCUGCGCCUGCGCAGGGAGGCGGGGCGUAGGUAUCUGAGCGCGCACGGGGGGACGGAGCCGAGACCGGCGGGACCGCGCACGCCUGGAGUGACGCGGAGAGUAGGCGAGUCGGGAGGGCGGACGGGUAGAGUGGUGCAACCUCUUGGUUUGGUGCCCAUCGUCGGCCGCUCUGGGCGCCAGGACUCACGUCUCCCUGUCGAGCUGGGUUUCUGGAGCGGAUCCGGGGCAAGAGGGAGGAGAGCUCGGGGUCAAGGGCCGCUGCCGCCCGCACUCGGCGGGGCCGCCAGCCAGGAUUGGAUCCAGUGUGGACAAUUAAAUCAAACAGAAGGAGGCUUGUUUGUUUUUUUACAUAGUUGGCUCACGGUGGCUCCUCAGGUGCCUUCAGGAUGCCUGCGGCACUUGUAGAAAACAGUCAGGUCAUCUGUGAGGUGUGGGCCAGCAAUCUUGAGGAAGAGAUGCGGAAGAUCCGUGAGAUUGUCCUCAGCUACAGCUAUAUCGCUAUGGACACAGAGUUCCCAGGUGUUGUUGUACGGCCGAUCGGUGAAUUUCGAAGCUCCAUAGAUUACCAGUAUCAGCUUCUGCGGUGCAAUGUUGAUCUUCUUAAAAUCAUCCAGCUGGGCCUUACGUUCACCAAUGAGAAGGGGGAGUACCCGUCUGGAAUCAACACAUGGCAGUUCAACUUCAAGUUCAACCUGACAGAGGAUAUGUACUCCCAGGAUUCCAUAGAUCUGCUUGCAAACUCAGGGCUGCAGUUCCAGAAACACGAGGAGGAAGGGAUCGAUACACUGCACUUUGCAGAGCUGCUUAUGACAUCGGGAGUGGUUCUCUGUGACAACGUCAAGUGGCUUUCAUUUCACAGUGGUUAUGAUUUUGGCUACAUGGUAAAGCUGCUAACAGACUCUCGCCUGCCGGAAGAAGAACACGAGUUCUUUCAUAUCCUGAAUCUUUUCUUCCCGUCCAUUUACGAUGUGAAAUACCUGAUGAAGAGCUGCAAAAACCUGAAGGGAGGCCUUCAGGAGGUGGCUGAUCAGUUGGAUCUGCAGAGGAUCGGAAGGCAGCAUCAAGCAGGCUCAGACUCUCUGCUGACGGGGAUGGCUUUCUUCAGGAUGAAAGAGGGUGGUGACUCCACACAGCAGCAGCCCAAGGCUUCAGCACUGACAAGUCAUAAGAAUGCCAAGUCUGUUUAGGAUGCAGAGCCGGGAUGUGUACAAUGGAGCAGAAAACGUCUGAGGGGAUGUUUGGUAUCUUUGUUGAGUUACUGUCCAGUGUGCUGUGUCAGGGCAUGAGAAGCUGGGAGCUGGCAUGACUCCUGGCUCCAUUCUCAGAUGGUUUUGUCCUGUUCUGCAGCUAUUCUUUGAGGACAGUAUUGACGAUGCCAAGUAUUGUGGGCGCCUCUAUGGCCUGGGCACAGGGGUGGCCCAGAAGCAGAAUGAGGAUGUGGACUGUGCCCAGGAGAAGAUGAGCAUCUUGGCCAUGAUCAACAACAUGCAGCAGUGAUGGUGCGUGCACCGUGCGGUCCGUGCACCAUGCCGCCUGUGACCUGCAUCUGCUCCAAGCAGAGACUUUGGCUUUUUGUUUAAAGAUGCCUUUAUUUUAGAUCCAGGAGGGGUUUGCUCUGAAUUUGUAAACAAGUCUUCCUCGUCCUCAUGCCCCCACCCCUCUGCUGCCUCCUGCCACCAGCAUCCAUGGCCCCAUGGACACUUUUUUAAAUCUCCAGGAUGUCUGAAACAAACCAGUAAAAUGUCUAUGACUCUUACAUGUUGUCAUUCUUCUUCUUUUGGCUUUGCUGCUCUGAUGAAGUUGCUCAGAUGAGCUGUGGCUGCCAGAGAACAAGGUGUAUGUUCUUGGGAAGCAGGUCUAUGCCAGUGGGCUGUUUUGCCUUGUUUGUGCUUCUUCAGGACAGAGCAGUCCUGAUGAUACAGUAAUUGAUGGCAGACAGUUCUGUCUCCUUCCCAGUUGUUAGGCUGCCCCCCUGAGCCUCACCUUGUUCACCUUGGUUUUCCGAUGAUGAGCUUCCCUAGACAGAUCAUGCUCCACGUCCACGGUGUUCUCAGCACCGUGAUCUGUCAGCUGUGCUCUCUUAGCCUCCAGCCUGAGCUCUCAAGAGGUGGUAGAGCUAAGCUCUGGAGGUGGAGUCUUAGGAAGACCCAGGAGUGACUGAGCAGGACAGUAAAGGGAUUCUCCUCAGAACCCAUUGAGUCCUCCACCCCACAGUUGUGCUUGGAAGCCUGUUGACUGUGCUUAAGGUUAGGCAUUUAGGAAGCACACUGCUUUUUAAACGACCACAGAAAGAAAGGACAAUUGUAAGAAGUAAAAACUUAUUUGGAAGGCAGAGACAGACGGCAGCAGCUCACUUAGGCAGGAAUGGUCUUACCUUUUAAAAGCUUGUGGGAAACUGAAUUUGAAAUGACAAAAUGUCAAGUAUUAAAGCUGGUAUUUAAGAUGCUUGUAAAUAUUAUUUAUGUUUUUAAUUUUGUAAAAUAAAGAUUGCUUUUUAACCAUUGG